GAUAGACACAGCUCACUUGCUCUGCAUUGUCUUUAAGGUCUUACAGAAGAACACCAGCGUCAUUUAUGUCUAGUUUGUUUUUAGUGUAGGUGCCUUUCGGUCACUUUUAAAAAUCUUACACACAGUCACAGUCAUUCUUAGAACAGCCAUUCUAAGGAUGCAUGCUUUCCCUCUGAUCUCACUGGUUUCCAACAGAGGUUGGAUAUAAUGACCUCCUUCUGGGGUGUGUUCAGUGUGAAAACAUGAAUAUUUAAUGUGCAAUCCACACCUUUCUUACAUCCUGUAAAAAUGCUGCACCCUUCUCAGCUCAACAUUUUCUACAACGCUGACACACGCAUAACGGCUCCUCUUGCACCUUGACACCCCACCUGAUGUAAAUGCUUAUUAUCUGCUGCAGAAUCACAUGUGGAUUGCAGUGUGCACCAUUAUUACCAUCAGCAAGUUUUCUGGUUAAGCAGGUUGUAGCAUAGAGCAGAUAAAAGUUUGUGUUGUUGAAGUUCUGACUGAGUUGCUGCGAAACUCGAUUAGCUGAUUACCUUCUUGCCGGAUUUUUGUUUUAGUAGAGGACACAAGUCAACUCAAUGAGGGACUUCAAGCAUGUACAGAUGCAAAGACACACAUUUACUUCAGCUUUUAUAUCGCUGUAUUAACUGUUGGAUCUUGUCACAAGCCAAUUUACGAUGUGUGUUUGUCGUGAGUGUGGUUUUAGGUUUGCUGGGCUUGGUGAUGGUCUCUCUCCCACUAAAUGGAACACGGACAACCAAACCUCUGAAGUGGCACGUGAGCAGUGUACAUAGAAGGCUGGUGCAUGAGUACGUGCACAAAGUUCUGGAGGCGCAGUGUCGUCCCGGCAACACUCGGAAGAACUUGUUAACUCGACUCCCUGCUUCAGGCCAUGUGACUCAGCCCUUCUUGUGGAAGGACAUACCCCUACCUGAUCAGCUUUUCCUGUAUCCACCUCCGUUUGGGUUAAAAGGUGUACGCAGCAAAGUAGAGGAUCUUCUGAAGCUGCUGGAAAACUCUCACUCUGCUCAGCCAUCAGAUAAAUGUCGGCACUGUUUGGUCGUGGGGAAUGGAGGCAUUCUCAGAGGCCUGGAGCUCGGCCGCCUGAUAGACAGAUUUGACACCAUCAUCAGGUUAAACAGUGGUCCUCUGGGAGAGUUCAGUGUCGAUGUUGGAAAUCGAACCAGCAUCAGAAUGAGUUACCCAGAAAGCACGCCGCUCCGCUGGGUGGAUACAGACCCUCACACUCUGUUUGUUGCUGUGGUGUAUAAAAGUGUGGACAUCAGCUGGUUGUCUGCUAUGAUCAACAAGCACGCUGUGUCUCUGUGGAACAGAUUAUUCUUCUGGCAGAAGGUUCCAAAUCAAAUCCCUCUUGAGCUGCGGAGGUUCAGACUUUUAAACCCACAUGUCAUCAGAGAGACGGCAAUAGACCUGCUGAAGUACCCUCCACCCAGACCACGCCUGUGGGGCUGGGACCAGAAUGUGCCGACCCUGGGUGUCUCUGCGCUGAACUUAGCCAGUCUGUUGUGCGAUGAGGUCAGCCUGGCAGGCUUUGGCUACAACCUCUCCCAGCAGGCGGCGCCACUGCACUACUACGACCACCUGCCCAUGAGUGCCAUGCUGCACCAGAAGAUGCACAACGUGGACAGAGAGACAGAGUUCCUGCAGAGACUUGUGAGAGAGGGAACCAUCACUGACCUGACAGGCGGGAUUCACUGCUCCUUCUGCUCGAGCUGACCUCCUGACCUCUGAGUAAGAACGAUUGCUUUUCAAGAACAGAGUGCAUCCUGUCUGGAUAAAUACAAAGCAUCGACAAGACAAACAUAUAUGCAAACAGGAGAAGGAAGGAAAUAGAUGAGAGGAAAAACUUAGCAUAAAGUCUGAAAUCCGUGGCAAUAUUAUUAAUACCUACUGUGUGGGUCCUUGAGACACCUACUGUAUCAGGAACUACCACAGAAGGAUUUACAAAUUUGUUAUUUCUGUUUGUAAAGACCAAAUGUUGUUUUUAUCCAGCCUAUUAUCAAUGUGCUUGUGUUGGGAGGGGCUGAGUUAAUAUGUUCAUUAUGUGCAGCUCUACAAUGAAAUAAGAUUUUUACCCAAAUACAAAAUCAAUAUGUGGCAGUCAGUGUUAAAGAUGCAGCGGCGUCCAAAAAUACUUAUGGUUUGUUGUAGUGGGUUAAAGACAUCAGCUGAGUGGAUGGUCCUCCAUAUGUGACCCAGGAGGCACUCAAGAUGGAUUUUAACACCAGGUCUGAACGGGGUCACCCACUACUGAAUUUGGUACUUUUUUUUGUGUGUUUUUUACAACGUUUUUUGACACUUGCAACUUUAUUUUGCCGUCUUCCAAAAAAGCUGGUCUGUGAGAGAAAAGAUGAAAUUUAUCUUUCAUUUUUUUAAUUGAUGUAUAGUUUGUAUAAUUUUCAUUGUUUGUCGUUUAGUUGAUGAUAUUUCAGCUGAACACAUACUUAUGUGAUGACUUUUAAAAUGCUUAUGGAUCCAUGAUUUAUUCCUGAAGCUCUCAAUUUCCUCAUUGUCAGUUGACAACAUGCAGCUCUUCAUUUGGCUCCUUUUUCGAGCGAGAUGGUCAGUUCUUGUUACAAGUGUCAAAGAGCAAAUACAACUGACACCAGGACGGGAAAAUUAUCAAACAAAUCAGAUAUAAAGAUCUGUUUAAAGUUUAAAAGAAACUUAGUCUUAAAUUAAAUGGACAAUUAUGAGUCUGUGUGUGACCAGCAGAAUGAAAUGAAUGCACCGAUCUGCAUGACGACACAAAAGCUCCAAGAAAGACAGAAGGUCUGCGAUGCGGUGUUCUUUUUUUUUUCUACAAUGUUUUUUUUGUUUUUGUGAUUUUCACCUCUUUCUAUUAAUUGCACUUAUGUUGGAUGUUGUUAUUAUUAUCACUGCACAUACACUGGAAAUAAAUGUAUUCUAACACUGUGA